AUGAGCUUUUGGGACAGACCCAAAAAGGGCAGUUCGAUAAGAAAGGCUACCAACAGUACUCCUCCAAGUACUGGAGACACGCCGAUGCAUUCCCCAUCACCAGGUCAUGAACAAUCAUCCAGACAGUCGCAAUUGAAUCAUCGAAAUUCUCGACAGCCUCAUGAAGGGGCGGCGAUUCAUCCAAUUGAACGUUCGACACGUCGAAGUCCUGAAUAUGUCCAGGAGGCCCGUGCUGCAACAUAUGGUCAAGCUCCGGCAUCAACGAACGGCGCUCCAGAGUACUCGGGCAGCGCGAGCCGACCACAGGGCUAUGUCCCACCUUCGCCAUUUCUACAGACUUCUUACAAUGGCCCGCCAAGUCAGGCGAACUACCGGGGAAAUACUCAGGCUUCGACACAACCUGCCUACCCGGGUUAUGCGAGCCUGCUAAAUGAUAACAUCCAGCCUUCGCCGCUUUCGCGCGACUCAUACGUUGGACCGCCAAGUCAACAGAAUUAUCAAGGUAACACUCAAGCUUCAACACAGGCUCCCUCUCAGCCAUACGAUCAACAGGAUCCAUUCCAAAAUCGUACGAAGUUGGACCCCAAAAACUUCAGAUCCGAAAAGCAGAUCAAAGGGGACAGAAAGGCUGAGCAGGCUAGAACGCGUGUACGUCCGACCCGUGAGCGUCAGCCUGUCGUUCCAAAACCACCCAAGAAAGACGAUGAUCCAAGGGCAGGCCGAGUACGCAAGCCUUAUGUCAGUCCGUAUCGACCACCUGUACCUCAGCAGAACCUGGUGCCAGCACCUACGCAUGCCAUGGCCCCGCAGCGUCCUAUUCAACCCAUGGCUGGCCAAGGGCCUGCGUCGUCGACAUACUCCUUGGCACCGCCACCGAAAAAGCCAAAGGCCGACAAACCGAGAGCAUUUCCCUCCUGCUUGAUUAAUUGGAGCUGGCAUACCUGCGUCGAUUGA